UGGGAACAAGGUACACUUCCUGCCCCGAGACAUGUCCUGCUACAACCAGUGCCUGCCGUGCCUGCCAUGUGGACCCUGUGGCCCGACCCCGCUGGCCAACAGCUGCAAUGAGCCCUGUGUCCAGCAGUGCCAGGACUCCAAUGUCUUCAUCCAGCCCUCUCCCGUGGUGGUGACCCUGCCUGGCCCCAUCCUCAGCUCCUUCCCGCAGAACACUGCCGUGGGAUCCUCCACCUCCGCUGCUGUUGGCAGCAUCCUCAGCUCUCAGGGAGUGCCCAUCUCCUCUGGGGGCUUUGGCCUCUCCGGCUUUGGCAGCCGCUACUGCGGCAGGAGGUGCUUCCCCUGCUAA